AUGGCAGAGGGAAAAGGAAGAGUUUGUGUAACAGGAGGUACUGGUUUUAUUGGUUCAUGGAUCAUCAAGACUCUCCUUCAAAAUGGUUACACCGUUAAUACCACUGUUAGACCUGAUCCAGCAGAAAAAAAGAGAGAUGUUAGUUUUCUCACGAAUCUUCCCGGCGCAUCUGAAAAACUAAAAUUUUUCACGGCGGAUCUUAGCAAACCAGAAAGUUUCAACGAGGCAAUAGAAGGAUGCGUUGGAAUAUUCCACACCGCGACUCCAAUGGAUUUCGUAGAGACCGAACCAGAAGAAAUAGUGACAAAAAGAAACAUCGACGGAGCAUUAGGAAUUCUAAAAGCAUGCAAAAACUCUAAGACGGUGAAGAGAGUCGUUUACACUUCAAGCGCUUCUGCUGUUUAUCUUCAAGAGAAAGAAUUAGAUGUAUUGGAUGAAAGUUAUUGGAGUGAUGUUAAUCUUCUUAGAACCUUGAAGCCUUUUGCUUGGCCGUAUUCGGUUUCCAAGACACUAGCGGAGAAAGCUGUUCUUGAAUUCGGAGAACAAAAUGGGUUGGAUGUUGUGACUGUUAUACCAACUUUUGUUGUUGGACCCUUCAUUUGUCCUAAGCUUCCUGCAUCGGUUUAUAGUUCACUAUCUUUCUUGUUUGGGGACAAGAAUCCAUUUGCUAUGUCUCAUCUUCAUAUUGUGCAUGUUGAUGAUGUUGCAAGAGCACAUAUAUUUUUGUUUGAGCAUCCAAAUCCAAAAGGGAGAUAUAAUUGUUCACCAUUCAUUGCACCACUUGAAGAAGUGGUUCAAAUUCUUUCUCCUAAAUAUCCUGAAUUUAGUAUACCAACAUUAGAGGAGGUGAGGAAAAUUAAUGGUCACAAGCUUUCACAUUUAACCUCACAGAAACUCAAGGAUGCUGGAUUUGAAUUCAAGUAUAGUGUUGAAGAAAUGCUGGAUGAUACAAUUCAGUGUUGUAAGGAAAAGGGUUAUCUUUGA